UGUUUCCUAUCUUCUUUUGAUUUUUAAGCCAAAACCCCAUAUGGGUUUGAGGUGUCAGGGCUCUAUGUGUUUUGUUGCAAUACUAGUACUGAAUUUUCUUUUUCUCCUCCAACGAGUGCAUGGGGAGCAUUCUAAUAAUGUAAGCCGGUGGGGACAAGGGAAACAAUCGUGGGGCUGUGAUCUUUUCGACGGGAGAUGGGUCUAUGAUGAAGCCUAUCCCCUUUACAAUCCCUCAAGUUGUCCUUCCAUUGAAUCCAUAUUCGACUGCCAGAAGAAUGGAAGGCCUGAUAAACUAUACCUUAAAUACAGAUGGAAGCCUAAUGGUUGCGACUUACCAAGGUUCAAUGGUCAUGACUUCUUAUGGAGACUUAGAGGCAAAAGAAUCAUGUUUGUUGGAGAUUCUCUAAGCCUCAACCAAUGGCAAUCACUCACUUGCAUGCUUCACACUUCUCUUCCAAAGUCAAAGUACACCUUAGUGAGAGAUGGGGGUCUCUCAACCUUUAAAUUCUUGGAUUAUGGGGUUUCAGUUAUGUUCUCUCGGAAUGCAUUCCUGGUGGAUCUUGUGCAAGAAAAAAUUGGACGAGUUCUCAAACUCAACUCUAUCAAUGGUGGCAAUGCAUGGAAAGGCGUUGAUGUGCUCAUCUUUAAUACUUGGCAUUGGUGGAAUCACAAAGGACCCACUCGAGAGUGGGACUACUUUCAAGUGGGGAAUAGAUUAUUGAGAGACAUGGAUCGUUUGGCUGCUUUCAAGAUGGGGUUGGCAACAUGGGCCAAAUGGGUGGAGGCCAAUGUAGAUCCUUUGAAGACCAAAGUCCUUUUCCAAGGAAUUUCUCCAGCUCAUUACAAUGGUAGUGAAUGGAAUGCACCAAGGAUGACAACCUGUUUCAGGCAAAUCCGACCGGUGGAAAGUUCGGAUCAGUUGCAGGGUUCUUCUGAAGGAGAAGCUCUGGUGCAGAAGAUGCUGAGUAGUAUGUCGACGCCUGUCUAUUUGCUGGACGUGACAAUGCUCUCAAGGUUGAGGAAAGAUGGCCACCCAUCCAUUUACACAAGCUAUAGCCACACCGGAAUGGACUGCAGUCAUUGGUGUCUUUCUGGAGUUCCUGAUGCCUGGAACGAGCUCUUAUAUGCAGUUCUACGUACUCCAGAAAUGAAUUAGAGUUUCUGGGUUUAAUUUAUUUUUUGUUUUACUUGAUUAAUUCUACCGUAUAUAUAUAGCAGACUCUCCUCUACACAACCUGCUUUAACUUCUUUCUAGGAUCUUCAACCAGAAAUGAACGGGCAGAGUGAUGAUCUAGUUAAAACAACGGGUAAAACCAGAUUAAUUAAACAGCCAGUCAAACCAUUUUUAUGAGAUUAAUAUUUUUAGGUUCAGGGUCUCUUGGCAAAGAGUAAUGAUCAAUAAAUAUUCAUUGAUGUGAUUUGAAUA